AAACAUUACUAGAAGUUUAAACAAAUGUCCCAACAACUCAAACACAUAGUGGUUAAAUCCCGAGAUCCCAUUCCAGACUCGAGCAGAUCUUUGGCCAUGGAGCUGCGGAUUGUUCUCGUCAUAUGCUCGUUCCUGAGCUCCGCCGCUGCCGCUGAAGAUUCCUGUAUCGGUCGCUGUGAUCUUGGCUUCCAGUUGGGCACGAAGUGUCAGUGUGACGUGCAUUGUGGUUUCUACUCAAACUGCUGCUUCGAUUACCAGUCCGUCUGUGUAAAAACAUCCAGGGAUGAGUUUGCCUCUCGGCAAGAUGAAGUUGAUGGAAGCUUCGCGAAUGAGACGGACUUUUAUCCCGGAUCGAAUUGGACGUAUUGGUAUGAUGAAGUGAAUGAGACGGACUUUUAUCCCGGAUCGAAUUUGACGGAUUGGUAUGAUGAUGCGAAUGAGACGGAUUUUUAUCCCGAAACAUAUGGGACGGAUAUCUAUCCCGAACCAGAACCGGAGCCCAGCCCGGAACCAACGCCGAGCCCGGAACCAACAAAUGUGUGCAGCAAUGAAAAAACAUUUGAUGCAAUCACCGAGGUGAAGAGUGGAUCCUUCUUCGCUUUCGAGGGGAAGUAUUUCUAUGAGUUGACUGAUACAGGUGUAGCUGAUGGAUAUCCGAAGCUGAUUCACGAUGUGUGGGGAGUGCAGGGCCCCAUCGAUGCUGCCUUCACACGAAUAAACUGCGAGGGAAAGACGUAUCUGUUCAAGGGUAAGUAUUACUGGCGGUUCGACAAUGACGUCAUGGAAGCCGAUUUCCCGAAGCUGAUCAAGGAAGGUUUUCCCCGAAUUCCGGACAACGUUGACGCCGCACUGGCACUGCCGGCAUCUGGCAUCCGCGGGAAAGAGGGAGUCUACUUCUUCAAGGGCCGUAACUAUUGGAAGUACGUCUUUAGCAGCCAGCCCAGCCAAGAGGAGUGCGAAAGCACAUCCAUCUCUGUCCCCUUUCGGAGAUACGCCCAGUUCAUGCUUCUCGACUGGGAGGAAGACUUCUUCACCGAGCUCUUUGGAUCACCUAGGAGAGGUGGUACCUUCGGGCCGUUCCGCACCGGUUAUCACUGGGGUGGGCUUCCUGCCCGCAUAGAUUCGGCGGUGAUCGGGAAACUCUUCACGGUCAGUAAACUGAUUGAGCGGCACCGCGGGAGGAAACCGGAUUGGCAUCGCGGGAGGAAACGGUACCGACACCGCGGGAGGAAACCGCUUCGGCACAGCGGGAGGAUAACGCAUCAUCGCAGAGGGAAGAAGCCACAUCCAUACAGCGGGAAACGAUGCCCGACAAGCUCGCAGGAAGAGCACUCGGCCAGCUACGAAGACGACACCUACAUCUUUGUGCCCAGCCAGAGUGUCUACUUCUUCUCCGGAGGUGACUAUUACCGGGUUGACCUGGGGACCAAGAUGGUGGCAUUUGCUCGGCCCAGGUAUCCACGAUCCAUCGCCAAGUACUGGUUCAAGUGCAAGGACGUUUUCGAGUAACGACGGCCGUGGCAAGCAGCGUCACAGGCUAAGCCGCAGAUUCCGGGAACGUAGCGGGGCAAAGGGUAGGCCGCGGAGGCGUGAGGGGCAAGGAGGUUACUAACGAGAAAAUAAAAUGUGAACUAUCCUGUC